AUGAAGGAGUUCCUGUUCCUCCUCCUGGCCACAUCCGCCACAUCCUCCCGGUCGCCUGGCAGUUGGUGUGAGCAUGGUUGCAACUGUCGCGGUGAUCUGAGGUUCACCAUCUGUUCACGAGCCUCCUUUACUCAGCUGCCCGGGAGAGUCCCGUCUUACACUGAGCUGCUGGACCUGUCCCACAACCGCAUUGCCAUCCUCCCGGAGCACUCUUUGAACAAGAACCGCAAGCUGCGUGUGCUCCUCUUGCAGAACAACAACAUCAGUGUGGUACAGGAUGGCGCCUUUUCACAGCUGGAGUUCCUGCAAAAGCUGGACCUGAGCUGGAACAGGAUUCCCAACCUGGCCAAGGGUUUCUCAAUAGGUUUGGCCUUCCUGAGGGAACUGCACUUGGCCCACAACUCACUAAGUAGCCUAGACAGCAGCAGCUUCACACACCUGGACGGCCUGAAGCGGUUGAACCUGAGCGGCAACGGCAUCCACACAAUCCAGGUUAGAUCAUUCGCCACCAUGAGCAGCUUGCGGCAUCUGCACCUGGAGGGCAAUCAGCUGACAUCGUUGAGGAGUGGGAUCUUCUCCAUGUUGCGGUCGGUGGAGCACCUCAAUUUGGCCGGCAACCUCAUUAAUGACACACAGGUGGGCGUCUUUAAACCGCUCACAAGCAUGACCCUUCUCAACCUAGCUCGCAACCAGAUGACUAGCGUGUACUUUAAGACCUUCCUGAGCAUCCACACUUACAGCACCCACAUUCUGCUGGAGGGAAACCCCUGGAAUUGCGACUGUGAUCUGCAGAGAGUUUUCCGCAAGCUACGUAGCGUCCAGCGACUCUUCCUGGACGACUACUACAACCUGACAUGCAGGCAACCCGCGGUGCUGCGCGACUACCGGCUCAUCCAGGUGGACACAGAAUUGUGUAUCGCCGAGACCGUCACCGUGCUCAUCAUCACUGUGACCGUCGUCAUAACGGUCCUGGCUGCCAUGCUCAUGGGGGAGAGGAAGAGGAAGAGGAAGAAGAGGAGAAAGCACUGGACGCAGCAGGGAGAGCUCUCAGAUGAUUCAGACUAUUGA